GACUUCCAUCCCUACAACCCAGCGCCCGUUACCGACAACAGCCAACAGCAAACAACCAACAAUCAACAGUCAACAACCAACAAUCAACCAACCAACAAUACAAUGUCUUCCAACUCUAACAACACUCCCCUCACCGCUCAGGAAGCGAGAGUUCUCGAACUCAUCGACGGUCACCUCCGUCUCAUGCACCACAUCAAUACACACCCACGAGCACCACUUAGAGAACGUGGACAACAAGCCACAGCCGCGGCUGCGCAACCAACUGUUUGGCAUCGCGGCCAAGCUUUAAAUCAACAUCAACAACGGUUGUUGGGUCUAUUUACCCAACAAUCCGAGACUCCAGUUGCCCAACAACCCGUCGCUCGCCGAGUAUCUUACAAUGAGAUUCAUCAAAGAGUUCUUCUUCAACAUCAGCAAGAUUUGGAGAAUCCAGCUGCGCAACAACCCGUCGCUCGCCGAGUAUCUUACAAUGAGAUUCAUCAAAGAGUUCUUCUUCAACAUCAGCAAUAUUUGGAGAAUCCAGCUGCGCCACAACCAACCUACGAUGAUCCCCAAGCAGAAGCUCUCUAUCAAUAUUUGCAACAGGAGUCGAACCACAAUCCCUUCCAAGCAGAAGCUCGCUAUCAAAUUAUUCUACAACAAGCGAGACCAUCGAACCAGCCAGCCUACGAUGAUCCUGCAGCAGAAGCUCUCUUUCAAGGACUUGUACGAAGAGCCUCGGAGUUCUCUUAAUAGGGAAUCCAGCUGUCCAGCGAGCCGCAAAUACUUAUUGAGCAGACUCAUCAUCGUCUUUGAUGACCCAAUAGUCUCGAAUAGUUUUGCUGGUUUUGUUCGUUUUGAUUUUUUGAUUUUUUGAUUUCUUUGAAUUAUUUCUUUGAUUAAUUUUCAUUUAUAUUUACAUUGCCAUUUACAUUGCCAUUUACAUUUUCAUUUACAUCUUGUAUUUGCUUAUUAAUGUUUAAUUGAUCUUGUAUCUUUAUAGAUCUUGAAUUUGUAUUGCAUGUUUUUGAAUUUCCUCACAUAGACGAGUCGUUUAGGUUUCCCCAUCAAGAUGGGGUUUUCCUACUCGCUUGGCCGAAUGGCGCUCGUGUGAAACAUAAUAUCAAACAAAUUUACCAACA